AUGCAGAACAACUUUGACUAUGGGCUGCCGCUGGCGGCGCACCACCAUACGCAGCCGUCGCACCACCAGCACCAGCACCAGCAGCAGCAGGCUUCGCACCACCAGCACGCUGCGGGAAACUUUGGCAUGUCGCACGCCGGCAACCAGUCCGACGACAUCUUCAUCGCCCGUCAGACGAUGUUUGACGCCGUCAGCCGCCUGUCGGCCCAGCUGCGCCACGCGGCCGACAGCUGCGAUGCGUUUGUCAAGGCCGUGGCCCGGCAGAACCCGAGCGUGGCGGCGAUUGUGCUGGCCCAGCCGGGCAACGUGAGCUCCGGCACGCCAGGCCCGACGACGGCGGGCGGCUCGGGCGUGCCUGCGGCGUUCGACUUCCUCGCGAGCAUGGCCAACGGCGCCACGACCAACGUUGCUGGGCCGUCGAGCGACUCUGGCCAGACGGGUUCGCCGGGAGCGAGCACGCCGACGAGCAAGAAGGUCAAGCCGAUGACCAAGGCGCAGAAGCGGCGGGAGAAGAAGGCCAAGGAUCCCGAGGCGCCCAAGCGACCGCCGAGCGCGUACCUGCUGUUCCAGAACGAGGUGCGCCAAGAGGUGCGCAAGAAGCACGCGGGCCUGUCGUACCCCGAGGUGCUGGGCAAGGUGUCGGAGGCGUGGAAGGCGCUGACCGACGAGCAGCGAAAGAUCUACCAAGACAAGACGGUCGAGAACAUGGCGGCGUGGAGCGCCAUGAAGAAGGAGCACGAGUCGCAGCAAGCCGCCAACGAGUCGAUGGAGCAGUAG